UUUUUGAGGCUCUCGUGCAAAAACGCGAGAUUGUCCAAAUCUCGUUCCUCUUUCGAGUAGCAUCCAAGAUGCCUACCAGGAACUCCAAGACCAGAAAGCUCCGAGGACACGUUAGCCACGGACACGGUCGUGUCGGCAAGCACAGGAAGCAUCCCGGAGGUCGUGGUAAUGCUGGCGGUAUGCACCACCACAGAAUUAACUUCGAUAAAUACCAUCCGGGAUACUUUGGAAAGGUGGGCAUGAGACAUUACCACCUUAAGAGGAACACAUCUCACUGUCCUAUCAUUAACCUGGACAAGUUGUGGACGCUGGUGAGCGAGCAAACCAGGGUCAACUACGGCAACAAGCCCGAUGGGCCCGCCCCCAUCAUUGAUGUUGUGCGUGCUGGCUACUACAAAGUUCUGGGCAAAGGCAAGCUGCCCAAACAGCCUGUGAUCGUCAAGGCCAAGUUCUUCAGCCGACGGGCCGAGGACAAGAUCAAGGCAGUGGGAGGAGUCUGUGUGCUGACGGCAUAAUGCUCCUGUCAAUGUGCGAUUUUGCUAAAAUAAAGUGUAUAAAUGACAA